UAGCAGUGUGAUUGUAUUUGUGAUUGUAAUAGACGCAUAGAGAAGAGCAAAAAAGAGCAUUGGUUAGGAAAGAAGAAAGAGUGGAGAUGGCGUCGAGCGGAGCGGUGCCGUUUUGGAGGGCAGCGGGAAUGACCUACAUUACAUACUCAAACAUAUGUGCGAAUCUCGUCAGGAAUUGCCUCAAGGAACCUCAUAAGGCCGAAGCCCUCUCUCGCGAGAAGGUUCAUUUCUCUCUCUCCAAAUGGGUCGACGGAAAACCUGAAAAACCUACUGUUCGUUCAGACACCCCGCAGCAUUGAUUCGUAAUAGUUGGAAGCUUUGAGAUCCGGAAGUUAUUUUCAUUUUGAACAUUUCUUUGGUUUUCUAUGUUUGAUUCCCCUGUUUUUUACCCAUGAAAUGGCACAUGCACUGGAUUUUGAUUUGCAUGGUUAGUCUUGUAAUAAUAAACGUUUAAACGUAUGAUUUUAAACUUGAUGGCAAUUGGCUGUAUAA